AGGGCAGAGCAUCAGCAUAUGCAUAUAAUUCUGAGCAGAAAGGCUAAAAAGUGAGUGAUUACUGAUUCACUGUAUUAGUUAAAAAGAGAGAGACCCAAUAACCCAUCCAAUCCAUCAAUCCCCAUUAAUAUUCGAGACCCACAGAGAUGGCCGAAACCAAACCUCUCUCCCUCUCUCUCUCUCUCUCUCUCUCUCACUGUGAGUGAAAGCUUCAUCCCUCAAAUGUAGAAACUUUAUACCUCAAAUUUUCCACACGCUGACCAUUCUCUCACGGUAUUUUUGGGGGAUUGAUUCGGGAAAUGAGCAAAGAACACCCACCUGAGCCUCUGGAUUUCUUCAUUUGGACUGUUGAGGAUGUUGGUUUGUGGUUGGAAGAGAUAAAUCUUGGUAGUUACCGGCAGAUUUUUAAAGAAAAUGGUGUCAACGGAGAAUACCUGGAAGGCAUGUCCAUGUUUACUACUGAGCAGAUUCUACGGUUUAUAAGACGAUGCCACAUGAAAUGGGGAGACUUCAUCACUCUGUGCAAGGAGCUCAGGCGGAUUAAAGUGGCUUGCCUGAAAGGGGAACAAAAGGUCCGCCGGCCAUGGUGGGCUCCAUCUUGCCUCUCGGUAUUCUUUGUCAAGGUGGCAAAACACAACAGAAAGUCACGAGUUGUUUCCUUGAAGCUGGAACCGUGAUGCAAGAUCAGCUCUAAUAUGUAUGUAAUUUUUUUGGUUUUUAAUUUUCUAAAUGUUAGAGAACAGAAAGUAGGAAAAAACAACUCCCCCUCCCCCCCAAAAACACUUUUUGGUGUCAUGAAUCGGGCAAGGUCGCCUGUUUGUUCUCCUCUAGAGAGCUAUGUUUUACAUACAAGCCGUUUUAUGUGUUUAAUUUCUGUUGUUUUUAAUAGUUGGAUUCUGUCCAAAUCUGUGGACAAGAACACGAUGAAAGCCAUGUUUUGAGUAAUCAAUGUAGUCCCCAUCUAUAAAA